AUGUUCCGAUUCGCUCCGCCCCAGCGGAAUGACGGGCAGGACCGGCCAAUGGAGUCAAGAGGAAGGUGGGGCAGCUUUUCGAGAACGCCCACAUCCCUGCCCCUCGCUGAAUAUUCAUGAGAAGGCUGAGUGCACGAGCUGCACGUCGCGGCCGCCGCCAUGAAGCUCAAUGUGGACGGGCUGCUGGUCUACUUCCCGUACGACUACAUCUACCCGGAGCAGUUCUCCUACAUGCUGGAGCUCAAGCGCACGCUGGACGCCAAGGUGGGGGAUCGGCCCGCGCUGCCCGCCGGACAGGUGGCGCAGCCUCGCGUGGGUCUGAAACUGAGACUGUAGCACGUCUGGGUUUUAAAAGUCAGAGUCCCUGCAGCUGGGGUCAUGGGGUCCUGGAGAUGCCCUCAGGUACUGGGAAGACAGUGUCUCUCCUGGCCCUGAUCAUGGCCUAUCAGCGGGCUUAUCCACUGGAAGUGACCAAACUCAUCUACUGCUCCAGGACUGUGCCUGAGAUUGAGAAGGUGAUUGAGGAGCUGCGCAAAUUGCUCAACUUCUAUGAGAAGCAGGAGGGUGAGAAGCUGCCAUUUUUGGGGCUGGCUCUGAGCUCCCGCAAGAACCUGUGUAUUCAUCCCGAGGUGACACCCCUGCGCUUUGGGAAAGACGUGGAUGGGAAAUGCCACAGCCUCACAGCCUCCUACGUGCGGGCACAGUACCAGCAGGACACCAGCAUGCCCCACUGCCGGUUCUACGAGGAGUUUGAUGCUCAUGGGCGCCAGGUGCCCCUUCCCGCUGGCAUCUAUAACCUGGACGACCUGAAGGCCCUGGGGCAGCGUCAGGGUUGGUGCCCGUACUUCUUGGCCCGCUACUCGAUCCUGCACGCCAACGUGGUGGUGUACAGCUACCACUACCUCCUGGACCCCAAGAUCGCUGACCUGGUGUCCAAGGAGCUGGCCCGCAAGGCUGUCGUGGUCUUUGACGAGGCCCACAACAUCGACAACGUCUGCAUUGACUCCAUGAGCGUCAACCUCACCCGCCGCACCCUCGACCGCUGCCAGGCCAACCUGGACACCCUGCAGAAGACGGUGCUCAGGAUCAAGGAGACCGAUGAGCAGCGGCUGCGGGAUGAGUACCAGCGGCUGGUGGAGGGGCUGCGGGAAGCCAGCGCGGCCCGGGAGACGGACGCCCACCUGGCCAACCCCGUGCUGCCCGCCGAGGUGCUGCAGGAGGCGGUCCCCGGCUCCAUCCGCACGGCCGAGCACUUCCUGGGCUUCCUGCGGCGGCUGCUGGAGUUCGUCAAGUGGCGGCUGCGCGUGCAGCACGUGGUGCAGGAGAGGCCCCCCGCCUUCCUCAGCAGCCUGGCCCAGCGCGUGUGCAUCCAGCGCAAGCCCCUCAGAUUCUGUGCCGAGCGCCUCCGCUCUCUCCUGCACACCUUGGAGAUUGCCGACCUCGCUGACUUCUCCCCGCUCACCCUCCUUGCUAACUUCGCCACCCUCGUCAGCACCUAUGCCAAGGGCUUCACCAUCAUCAUUGAGCCCUUCGAUGACAGGACCCCGACCAUUGCCAACCCCGUGCUGCACUUCAGCUGCAUGGACGCCUCCCUGGCCAUCAAACCUGUGUUCGAGCGCUUCCAGUCUGUCAUCAUCACCUCUGGGACACUGUCCCCGCUGGACAUCUACCCCAAGAUCCUGGACUUCCACCCCGUCACCAUGGCGACCUUCACCAUGACGCUGGCCCGGGUCUGCCUCUGCCCCAUGAUCAUCAGCCGCGGGAAUGACCAGGUGGCCAUCAGCUCCAAAUUUGAGACCCGGGAAGAUAUUGCCGUGAUCCGGAACUAUGGGAACCUCCUGCUGGAGAUGUCGGCUGUGGUCCCCGAUGGCAUCGUGGCCUUUUUCACCAGCUACCAGUACAUGGAGAGCACUGUAGCCUCCUGGUAUGAGCAGGGCAUCCUGGAAAACAUCCAGAGGAACAAGCUGCUCUUCAUCGAGACCCAGGAUGGGGCUGAAACCAGUGUUGCCCUGGAGAAGUACCAGGAGGCCUGCGAGAACGGCCGCGGGGCCAUCCUGCUGUCUGUGGCUCGAGGCAAGGUGUCCGAGGGGAUCGACUUUGUGCACCACUACGGCCGCGCCGUCAUCAUGUUCGGUGUCCCCUACGUCUACACCCAGAGCCGCAUUCUCAAGGCGCGCCUGGAGUACUUGCGGGACCAGUUCCAGAUCCGCGAGAACGACUUCCUCACCUUCGAUGCCAUGCGCCACGCGGCCCAGUGUGUGGGCCGGGCCAUCCGGGGCAAGACGGACUACGGCCUCAUGGUCUUCGCUGACAAGCGCUUUGCCCGGGUGGACAAGCGGGGCAAGCUGCCGCGCUGGAUCCAGGAGCACCUCACGGAUGCCAACCUCAACCUCACAGUGGACGAGGGGGUCCAGGUGGCCAAGUACUUCCUGAGGCAGAUGGCGCAGCCCUUCCACCGGGAGGACCAGCUGGGCCUGUCCCUGCUGAGCCUGGAGCAGCUGGAGUCUGAGGAGACGCUGCAGAGGAUAGAGCAGAUCGCACAGCAGCUGUGAGCCCGGCGCGAGACGGGGCCAGGGGGAAUGGUGAACCCCGGGAGGGUCCUGAGCGGGACACACCAGGUUCUGCCGACGGCAGGGCUCUGGGGACGGAGUCCAGCACUCACCCGGCCG